AUGGCAAUCAAGGGGGGGGAGGUAUACACUAACAUCGUUAACACGACGUGGAGCUGACCCGGCAACGUUGUAAGAUAAACCCAGCUUCUUAUCAUUGUUUUCUUAGACGGUACAAAGUUGUCAUCACUAUUCGAAAUCACUAAAAAUCACCGUUAUCUUUUGAAGAAGCACCAUGAACGCAAAAAAAUUUUAAAGACGAUGGUCAUGAUGAUGAUUUGUCUAUUAAAAAACUCCCCGACAGAAAAAACAACAUCCAGGUUACAAUUCACCAAUAUACAAACCAAUUAGAACAAGGUGCACCCCCUUAUAAACAGCCCGCCGUUGUCUCGCACCGACUUCACUCGGUGGCAUAACGUUGACAUGUUUUCUCGUUUGUUUUUUAUUGGAGAAAACCAACGAUCCAAAAGGGGGUAAUACUUUUCUUUAAGGAUUCCGUUCUUGGUGUUUUGAACUGAAACCGUUGUUUAUUUUUUACAAUCUCGUUUUCCCAAGCCGCAACCAUUGCGAUUAGUCAUCAAGAACAAAACGACGUUUUUAAAUCCUUACGACGUGUAAGGUUGUGCAUUCUUAAAAAUUAACUUACUUUGUUUAAGAAUGAGUUCAGCAGUUGAACACAAAGAAGCGGGCAAUCGUUAUUUCCAGCAGCAAAAGUUCGAAGAGGCCAUAGAUGCCUAUGGAAAGGCCAUCCUGAAAAAUAAUACAGAGCCGUCCUACUUUACAAAUAGAGCUUUGUGCUUUGUAAAUCUCAAGAAAUGGAAUUUGGCAGCAGAUGAUUGCCGAAGAGCCUUGGAAUUAGAUGGGAGGAACAUAAAGGUACCUUUUACUACCAGUUUUCAAAAUUUAGGAAAGAAAACAACUGUAAACACCACCUUACAGGCAAAUUACUUUUUGGGAAAGAUCUGUCUACACAACAAUCAGCUGGACGAAGCAGUAUUACUGCUUACAAGAGCCCAUGAAGCCGCGAAUAAUCAGAAAAUGGCUUUCGGGGAUGAGAUAACAUCGCUUUUAAGACAGGCCAGAAGAGAGAAAUUCAGAAUCGAAGAAGAAAAAAGAAUCACACAAGAAAUCGAAUUACAGAGCUACUUGAACCGACUUAUCGAUGAUGAUAUCGCCAGCACUAUAAAGACACUUAAUGUAAGGCAACAAUGAUUACUAAGUAUAUAAUCAGGUUAACGAUACCGAAGCCGAUAAGAUCAGAAGUGAAGGUAUGGAGAGAAAGCAACAACUCAACAGUCUUUUCUCGGAGGUAGGCAUCUUAAGCUAUAUGUGUCUCGGGAAAAUUGUGGUGGGUCGUCGCGCCUUGGAAUCGCCAAUCAUCGCUUUGCGACGGCUAGCCGCAGCUGGAAAUUUGGCUCGCGACCUUUUUCGAUGAGACGAAUGCGACAGCCUGCCACUAUUUUCCCGAUAUAUUUAUCCACAGAAAUUAUAAAAUCACUUAUUCAUUUACAAUUUAAUGUUGUAGAUUGAUGAUCGACGACGAAAACGUGAAAUCCCAGAUUAUCUAUGCGGAAAGAUCUCGUUCGAAUUGCUGCGAGAUCCCGUCAUAACUCCCAGUGGAAUCACGUAUGAUCGCGCAGACAUAAAAGAGCACUUACAUCGAGUUGGACACUUUGAUCCGAUCACUCGAGUCCCCUUGACCGUAGACCAACUCAUCCCCAAUCUGGCAAUGAAAGAAGUCUUGGACACCUUUAUCUCCGAAAAUGAAUGGGCGUUGGAUGCAUAG